UGAUUAUUGGUUACUGUGUCCCAUUAACUUUGGACCGCGGCUAAUAUUUUUAUAAAACAGUUUUUGGUAAAUUAAUUUCAUUGUUGAAUAAUUGCUGAAAUUAAUUUUGUCGAGGUCGUCCAUUAUCCGUGUUGUAAUUCAAGAUGUCGGUGUGCUUCUUCGUGCCUGCUGACCAAGCCGGGACCUCCACAGCAGAGGAGUCUCUUGAGCAGGAGGGGCCGGCAGAGGACUCUGCGGACACCCAGCAUCAGAACCUGCAGCAGUUCUGGGCCAAAGUCACCGAUGACAUCAGAAAGGUUACUGCGGAAGACUUCAAAACCCAAGCACUCCCGCUGGCCCGUAUAAAGAAGAUUAUGAAGCUGGAUGAAGAAGUGAAGAUGAUUUCAGCCGAAGCUCCAGUUCUCUUCGCAAAGGCUGCUGAGAUUUUCAUCCAUGAACUCACCAUGAGAGCUUGGAACCAUACUGAAGAUAAUAAGCGGAGGACUUUGCAGCGUAACGACAUAGCAAUGGCGAUAUCCAAAUCCGACCAAUUCGACUUCCUGAUUGACAUCGUGCCCCGCCAUGAGGUGAAACCGGCCAAGCCGCGAGAGGAUCCUCCGAGGCACACUGCUACUGAACAUGUGGUACAGCAACAGCAAACAUUGCCUACUUCAAACCAACAACAAUUCGUCAUACAGCCGUGCGCUCAAGUCGUGCAGCAACAGUCCCACAGCGCAGCCCCGAGCGUGGUGCCGCAACCAGUGACCCUCGUGCAGCAGGUCGUCACUCCGCAGGGCGAAGUGCAGCAACUACCGCUACAACUAACGCAAGCCCAGUUGAACAUGAUCCGGCUACAAGUGCAGAAUAAUCCCACGCAACCCAUCAUCAUACAGGCACAACCACACAACUCGCAAAUUAUUCAGGUGUCAUCGCAAGCGCAACAUCAGCCCCAACAGCAAGUGUUCCUGCAAGUGGCUAGCCAAGAGGACUCCUAGUAAUUUGACAACGUCCUCAAAAUGUUUCCGGUCUACUGAACUCCUACUUGUCAAGACUGCAUCGGCCGA